UGAAUAAUUUUGAUCCGUCGACGCUUUCUCCUAGUCACGUGACGAAUUGUUAACUACCUUCACAGUCCUUUCAUCAUAAUUUUAUGGCAGAUUCACGAUGACGACCCAGCAAAUUCAACCAAAACGUGGAGUUAUAAAACAAAUCCUCUCCGGGGAUUCUGUUAUUAUCAGAGGACUCUCUGGAGCCCCGCCGCCGGAAAAACAAAUCAACUUCUCCGGUAUCGUCGCCCCUAAAUUGGCCAGAAGAGCAGGAGAAUCAACUGAAACAACUAAAGAUGAACCUUGGGCAUGGGAAGCUAGAGAAUAUCUGCGUAAGAAGUUGAUUGGUGAAGAGGUGUUUUUCACAUCUGAAAAACCACCAAACACCAAUCGCGAAUAUGGAACUGUGUUCUUGGGAAAAGAUUUCAACACCGCCGUGAACAUUACCGAGGCGCUCGUUUCCGAAGGUCUAGUGUCCGUGCGCCGUGAAGGUGUGCGACAAACACCGGAGGUGACGCACCUCUGCGAGCUCGAAGACAGCGCCAAAGCGGCCGGCAAGGGUAAAUGGGGUGCCAGCCCUGCAUCCGAACAUGUGCGUGAUAUCAAGUGGUCAGUCGACAACAUGAGAGCGUUCGUCGACAAGCAGGGUUACAAACCGAUCAAGGCUGUGAUCGAACAUGUACGUGACGGAUCAACCGUACGCGCCUUUCUGUUGCCUGACUUUUAUCACAUCACUUUGAUGAUCUCGGGCAUCAGGUGUCCCGGUUUUAAACUGGACGCCAACGGCAAGCCCGAUCCGCACGUGAAGGUCGAAUACGCCGACGAAGCUAAGUACUUCGUAGAACUACGUCUGUUACAACGCGACGUUGAAAUUGUGUUGGAGUCUGUCAACAACAACAACUUCAUCGGUACCAUCAUCCAUCCCAAGGGCAACAUUGCCGAGGCAUUGCUCAAGGAGGGCUUCGCACGAUGCGUCGAUUGGUCGAUCGCGUUCAUGCGUUCCGGUGCAGACAAGUUGCGCGCUGCCGAACGCCAGGCCAAGGAGGCGAAACGUCGUCAGUGGAAGAACUGGCAGUCGAACGCGCCCCAAAUUACCGGCAAGGAGAAGGAAUUCACCGCCACCGUUGCCGAGGUUAACAACGGCGACGCUUUGAUGUUGAAGUUGCAAAAUGGCCAAUAUAAAAAGGUGUUCCUUAGUAGCAUCCGUCCACCGAAGGAGGCCAACAGGGCCGCCGACGAAGAGGGCAAACCGGUGCAAAGACCGAAAGGUUUCCGACCCUUGUAUGACAUUCCCUACAUGUUUGAAGCCAGGGAAUACCUGAGGAAGAAACUGAUUGGCAAAAAGGUUCACGUAGUCGUUGAUUACAUCCAGGAGGCCAAGGACAACUUCCCAGAAAAGACCUGUGCCACCGUCACCAUCGGUGGAAAGAACGUCGCCGAAGCCCUGGUUUCCAAGGGUCUCGCACAUGUCGUCAAAUACAGACCGGACGACGAUCAGCGCAGCUCUAAAUACGAUGACUUGUUGACUGCUGAAAACAAGGCCAUUAAGUCUCAAUUGGGUGUGCAUUCCAAGAAAGAAGGCGUCGCUCAUAGGGUGACCGAAAUCGACGUUGCCAGAGCAAAAAUGGAACUGUCUUCCAUGCAACGCGCUCAAAGAAUCGAUGCCAUCGUUGAAUUUGUAGCGAGUGGAUCAAGAUUGAGACUAUACAUUCCAAAAUCUAACAGUCUCUGCACUUUCUUAUUAGGAGGUAUCAACUGUCCGAGAGCUUCCCGCCCAGCUACUGGAACCGCACCAGCUUCUCCCGCUGACCCGUACGGUGAUGAGGCUCUCCAGUUCACCAAGGAGCGUUGCAUGCAACGUGAAGUCUCGAUUCAAGUGGACAGCCACGACAAGGCCGGCAACUUCAUCGGUUGGCUGUGGGUUGACAAUAACAACAUGUCCGUGCAGCUAGUGCGCGAGGGAUUCGCCUCCGUGCACUUUACUGGCGAAAAAUCCGCGUACGCCAGUCAACUGAAAACUGCUGAAGAUACCGCCAAACAACAGAAAUUGAGAAUCUGGAAGGACUACGUCGAGGAGAAGGUUGAGGACAAAAAGGAAGAGGACAACAAAGUGCCGGUAGAACGUAAGGUGAACCUCGAAGACGUGGUGGUAACCGAAGUGACGCCCGAAGGAACGUUCUUCGUGCAAAAGAUCGCUGACGGACCCAAAGCAGAAGCGUUGUUCGCCAAACUGCGUCAAGAGUUCCAAGCCAACCCGCCUCUUCCCGGCGCCUACACGCCUAAACGUGGUGACAUCUGCGCCGCCCAGUUCACCGUUGACGAUGAGUGGUACAGGGUGAAGGUGGAGAAGGUGCAAGCCGGUAACGCAACCGUCCACUACAUCGAUUACGGUAACCGUGAAACACUUCCCACCACCCGCCUAGCCAGUUUACCCGCCGCCUACGCCAGCGAAAAAGCUUUCGCUACCGAAUACACGUUGCCGUACGUGUCGUUGCCCAAGGACGAGGAGUUCGCCGAGCUGGCCAUCAAGUACCUGAAACAAGACACGGCCGUGCCCAAGCUGCAGCUCAACGUCGAGUACAAGAAUCAAGGAUCGUUACCCGCCGCCUCAUUGCACGCCGACAAGGGCGACCUCAUCAAGAGCUUGAUUGAGGAAGGUUUCCUGUUGGUUGACAACAUUAAGAGCAGAAGACAGAACAAACUGUUGGAGUCGUACAGAGCCGCGCAAGAUGUUGCCAAGAAAGCUCACUGUAAUAUCUGGGAGUACGGAGAUAUUACGGAAGACGACGCUAAAGAGUUUGGUCUCGGUAAAUAAGUUUGAUGUUCGCGGACCACACAGUUAUACCAGAGCAAAAUCCUGCAUAUACAUAAGAUUAAUUAGGUUAAAUCGUAUUAAGUUAAUUAAAACCUAGACUUCCAUAAAUAUUUAUAUACAUACAACAUUAUUCACCGUCAAACCAACCAAUCAAACAAUGAAAAUGAGCCUUUUAGAAGGUCUGAACUUUUUAUUAUACACUUCUAUGUAUACAAGGAAUGCAAAGAUUUUACCGGUGGCCUUUAAAUAUCUCUAUUUUUUUUUUUUCAAACGCGUUCUAUAGGUUUUGGUAGGUAAAUGUUUUUAAUAUAUACCUGGCUAUUGUUUAAGAUUUUAUUAAUUAUUAAAGAUAAAUUAUCAGGAAUCUGUAAAUGUGGAAUUAAUUUAUAUAUAUAUAUUUGUGCAAUUGUGGUUAUUAUAUUUUAUUAUUACCAAUAUACUACAUUAAUUGGUUGGAAUGUAUCACUGUAGAUAACUAUAUAUUUUUUUGAAUAUGUAUUAUAUGUGGACAUUGAUGAUGAUUUUAUAAAUAAGUGUAAUUUUUGACUGACAAGUAAUUUUUUGAGUGCAUCUGGUCAUCAUGACAGACUGGGUAUUGACAAGUUAUAUUGUAUAAUUUUGUGUACUCUAGAUUCCUUUAUUUUAUUAUCCACUAUCAAUUCUUUUAUACAAUUUUUUGAGGGAACGGAUGUCGAAUUGUAGGGUAUGGCUCUGUUUAUAUAAUUAAACAUACAUAAUUGUUA